GGCUAUGGCGCUGCAUGGGUACAGGCCCGGGUACUGGUAUCACCAGGCCCGCUGGAAGCCCAUGUCUAGGGAAGGGCCCUGGAUCACAGUCAUGCUCAACUAUGAUGGGGGUGAUGAAGUGAGAAUGAAGAUUAACGUGGAAGGGGCAAAAGAGGUGGAGAUGCGGAUUGAUGGGAAACUGCAGGAUGCGAUCACGGAGGCGAAAGACCGUGCGGAGAGGCGCUGCAGGAGGGACCAAGUGACUGCAAGGUUGCAGGUAACGGUCUCGUAUCAUGAGACCGAGACCUCAAUGGACACAGCGGACCUGGAACAGUCCCACGUGGACAGGGACUCAGGUGGUGAGAGUGAAAUGAGCGAAGCGGGAGACCGGGAGACAGAUCUCAGAUCCUGGAAUAGACCAGGCGAGAUCCAGAGGCAUCACCGGGCCGCGGAGCCAGUGGAAGAGGGACCCGAGGCCAGCUCUCGGCAGCUGACACCCAGAGGCCGUGGGACGGGUGAAAGGCCGAUCAAGGGGAAAAGACAGCUCUGAGAAAAAGGCAGACACGGUGUCGAGCCCCCACUGCUCCAAGGGUUUGGUUAGACGUCCUUCCCCGGCCCGAGCUCAGUGGGUUGGAGGACUUGCAGGCUGUCACGCAGGAUUUUGACAAGUUUAAAAUAGAGGUGUAUUCAGAGUCAGUCUUUGUCACACUUAGUCAUACAGCCGAGUAGUCAGGGUUAUCCCUCCUGCCAGCGGCGACACGGCUUAGAGUAAGGCGUUCGGGUUUAUCGCCUGCACCUAACCCCGUAUAAAGGUUAGACCCAAGGUCACCGGAGUCCCUAUCAUCCAGGAGUCCUUCAAGCUGCCUUGAGUGUAACCUGUAUAAAAUAAGGAGGAAAAUAACAAACAUGCAUCAUAGAG